UUUGUAAAUAAAUCGAGUGAUUUUGCGAAGAUAAAAAACCAAAAUUUGCACGAAAUCCGGUUAAUUUCUCGAUAUUUAAUAUUAUAAAAUAAAAUUUGUAGGUUUUUCUAUAAAAAUUCAACCACAAUCGAAUAAACAUACGAUAAACGAAUAUACCAUUUGACAAAUUCUCUUCCCAGUUCAUCCAUAAAGCAGUGUUUUAUCGGUUCACUUGUUCGCUUAGAGCUCAGCCAUUCAAUCAAGUGUGUCAAUGGAAUCUAUUUUUUGAAUACUACAUCUUUAAAAUCAUAUAUUCGUAGCAACAUGGAACUCGUACGAAAUAUUCGACCAAUUAUUAGAGAAUAUGAGAAAUGGGUCGGAGGACAUCCUUGUACAUCGGCAGAAGUAGAAUCCGCCAUUAAAUACCUGUCAUAUCUCUUCACGAGUCAGUUCGAGAAUUCUAAUCUAUUGUCCGAGUUAAUCUUCACGUUAUCUAAACUUCUGGCGUUUUUCAACGAUCAAAUCAUCUACAGGAGGGUUUCGAAAUCUGAUGUUCCAAAUCCGUACGAGAGUAAAUUGAAGAAAUGGCUCACAAUUAUUAACCAUUGCGAAGUAUUUAUCGAACUGAGCGCUCAAAAGGCAUGGGGUAGUCGUGGAAAAUGGAUGAUCAUCGUUGCUAUUCAACUAUUCAAGAGCACGAUACGUCUUUGUCUGCUGUUCUACCAUAAAGAGCAGAUUGUGGAAGUUCUCCCAAUCCCAGCUCUCGACCGGAAAAACCUCGACAAUGGUACCAGCAACCUUCCCAAUUUACCCCUCAAUCGAAACGCUGUUUCUUUAAAAAAUGGCAAAAUGAUUCGAACUGUAGAAGCAGCUCCGUCCAUAGAAAAUAGGACUUGGAAAGCUUUGAAUGAUCGUACCUUGGGAGUCAAUAAAGAAGAUAAAAUACUAACUGACGAGCAAAUCAAAGGCGAAAUACUUUACAUUGUAAAACCAUUGUUACAUUUAGGCAGUAUGUAUUGUUUUGGGCAGAAAUCUUGGAAAUCUUGGUUAAUUGCCUUCUCUUUGGAUGUUGCCAGUUUGCGUUUGAUAUCAAAAGCCAACGGAAGAGAAUUAGAGCAGUUUAGCAAAAGACAACGAGUAGAGGUUAUUCGUCGUACCAUGAUUUUAUUCAUGUACCUGAUGAGAUCUCCAUUUUUCGACAGACAAACCAAACAGACGUUGUUUGUAAUGCUAACAAGAUUUUCACGCGUUCCCAUGUUGGGAGUAUUUUUCAAAUCAUUACUGGAAUAUUUGCCACAAUGGCAACAAACUUAUUUCUAUCUAUGGUCGUCGUAAUUUUAUUUAUUUUUUUUUUACAUUAUAAAAUCUCAUAUUGGUGGCAGAUUAAUUUUUUCCCAUACAUUCUGUAAGACUUAUGCGUUUUUUUUUGUUUUUUUUUUGUCGUAGUUUUCUAUAAAAUCCGUUACAAAGUAUUACUAUUAGUGUCUGAAUAAUUAAAUGUAAUUCAUCUACAUAUUACCAUUUUUCUAUAUACUCGUAAAUACCUCUCUACUUGUGUAUUUUCCUUUAAAAAAAAACUUUCAAAUUUUUGCACAUUUGAACCUUAAAAAUAAGAAUUCUGUGAUUUUGUUUUCUUUUUUCACAAUUUACACGUUGAAAACUAACACAAUAAAAAAUCGUUAUUUGUUA